AUGAAAUUGAGAAUUCGGCGUCUGCUUGCAGGAACUGUUUUGAUUCAUACAGGGAUAUUUUGUUUAAUACUACAACACGUGCUACAUUACGAUGAAAUUCGGGAUUCCGUAUCGUUCUCGAGACAGAAUAUGAUCAACAGAAACCGGAAAUUAGACCAUGUUAAUUCCACCAGAAAGACUACACCAGUUGUGAGAAAUAUUCUUCAGGCUAUGGAAAUAGGUAUUUUGACAAAUACAAGUACUUCCUCUAAUAAAAGUGGGAUUAAAUCUGUGAUUGAGGAAAUUCCAACACAAGGAACGUGUGGGAAAAGACCUCCUCAAAGUGUGAUCAAACGUAAUAUCCUUUCAGGUGAUUUUCAAAGUAUAAGUCACUCGAAUAAAGGGUAUGUAAUAUCAGCAACUGCUGACUAUAACGACAACAUUACUAGCAUUCUCCAUGUGAUUUCUGUAAAGCAAACCAAUAUGGGGAGAAAGACUUGGUGUGUUUUCUGGAGUGCGGAUUCCAAUGAGUUUCAGCCUAUCUCUACAUCAGAAGCGAGCGUUUUGAGAAUCAAUGAGCAUCAUGGUAAAAGAUACGCUGCGGCCUAUUUCACGUGUAAUGUGCCUUUCAAUCUGAAACCAGCAGGAGUUUCUCUAACAACCAAACGCUGCGAGAACCCGUCCAACUUCUUACCAAUUCAGUACCCGGAAGAUCAAAAAUGGCUGUUCACCGUUUGUGUCACGCCCCUCAACUUCCGGUAUAGUAAGGCCUACGAAUUAGUAGAAAUGAUCGAGAUGAACCGGAUAUUGGGAGCCGACCAUUUUGUGUUUUAUAAUUACAGUACGCAUGUCAAUGUAGACAGAGUGUUACAAUAUUACAUCGAUAAAGGAUUAGUGGAGGUCGUGCAAUGGCACCUCCCGAUGAAGGUUGACGUGUGGCCUAAGGUCAAAGGUCAUACGACAGAAAUCCAUUAUUUCGGACAACUUGGUGCUUUAAAUGAUUGUUUAUAUAGAAAUCGAUAUAGAAGUAAGUUUUUAGUUUAUCAGGAUCUAGAUGAGUUUAUUUUUCCUUACAAACAUAGCAAUUGGAAUGAUAUGAUUGAGUCAUUAGCGCCUCGUAAUGUGUACAUGUUUAGAAAUACAUUCUUUCGCAAAGAUUGGAACGACACAGAAGAACAAUUUCCUGGUAAAGAUCUUGCUAAAAAGUUCAAAUCGACUAUACUUUUGAAAACUAUGAGAGAAGCAAAGAUAUUUGGUCUACGGCAGCGCUCAAAAUACAUUCUUAACCCAAGAAAAGUUGAUACAGUUGGAAUACAUAAUGUUUGGAAGGAGAGAUCGGGGUCUAGUUUACUAAACGUUCCUCCGGAUGUAGCGCUCAUUCAUCAUUAUAGAGACUGGGAAAAUCCCCGUGAUAAAAUCAGACGUGAAGAUGACUUAAUAGCACUUCAAUACAAGGAUGAACUACUAGGACGAAUGAAAAACGUGUGGACGGUUCUGAAGGACGUAGAUUUAGGCCCGCUGGGGUACUGAACCAUUUUGUUUUGAAGUGUCGUUUAAGGAAAUUGUCUAUUUUUGUACGUUGUUACUUUAUUGUUAUCGUCACACAAAUCGAAUGUUAUUGA